AUGGCGGCGGCCGAGUGCGCGCCGCAGUUUCGCGAGUUCCAGUGGCUGCCGGAAACCGCCAAGGCGCUAAUCGCCGCUUCGCUCUCUCCUAAGGAUGCUGUCUCGCUCGCUCUCACCUGCAAGGACCUCCGCUGCAUAGCGCGCCCCUUCACGGCCCGCGAGUUUGCCUGCAAGGCAUGCGGCGCGCGCCUCUUCUCCCCGCGCGCCCUCAUUCCCUGCACCACCCGCCCCUCUCCGCCUCCCUCCGCGCCGCCUCUCUCCCCCGCGGGUUCCUCAUUUCGCAACAGCAGCCGCGCAUCCCCCAACGUCCUCCUGUUUCCGCCCGACGCCUCCACAGCGCCGCCAGCGGGCGCGCCGUCGGUGCCGCUGCUGCUGCUGCUGGACGACGGCGCGGCGGCGUGCGUGCAGGGUGGCGAGGUGGAGGAAGGGGGGGCGAUACGCGCGCUGCACUCCAACGUGCCCUUCAUCGCCGUGCCGCGCCUCUCGUGGGGACGGGCGUGCGCGCAUCUGAUGGACGCGGCGACGCUGCACUGCGCGCGCUGCCUGCUCUUCCUCGGCAUCCAGGUCCGCACCGUCUUCCCCCGCCUCGCCGCCUCCCCCUCCCCUCCCGCCUCCGCCUCCCCCUCCCCCGCCCCCGCAUUCGCCGCGUCCCACACACCUCCUCCCGGCGCAUCCUCCCCCACCGCCGCGUCUCCCGCUCCCCCCCCCAGCGCCCCACCAUCUUCCCACACUGCUACUAGUGCCCCGCCCGCUCACGCUCAUGCCGCGGCCACGGAAGGCGCGGCAGCAGCAGCGGGGGGCGCGGGGCAGCAGCUGGGGCUGUAUGCAGCGGAGGCGAAGGCGUUCCUGGUGCGCAAGUACCUGGACCUGCUGCGCCCCGCCUCGUACCCGGGACUAGUGGGCGCAUCACCACCACCACCACUGCCAACGCCAGCACCAGAACCUUCAGCAGCAGCGGCAGUAGCGGCGGGGUUGGCGGAGGUUGCAGCGGCAGGGGGUGGAGGGCAGGGGCGUGUGCAGGUGUAUGCGGAUGGGCUGUCGGGCGAGGGGGAUGGCAGGCACGCUGUACUGUGCUCGGGGCGACGGGGGCAUGUGGGUGGGGGCAGUGGCGCGCAGGGCAAGGCGCCGUGCCUGAACGUGCUCUUCCACUCGCACCAGGUGCUGAGUGCGAGGCACUGCUGGGAUGCGGGCAGUGGCACGGAGGUGGCGGUGUACUGCAAUGCACUGCACCCGGGCGCCUUCCUGCUUGCCCCACCGCGCACCGAGGAGCUCGCGCAGGGCGCCAUGCAGGUCGCUGACGUGGCGUGCGCCAGGUGUCACGCGCCGAUUGGGUGGAAGUUCUGCUCGCUUGCGGGACAUGGCACGGAUCUGAGGAACUUGAACCAGUACUCUUGCUGCUUGCAGGUGGGCAGGUUCGGCAUUGUGCUGUCUUCCAUCCACCGAGGCAAGGAGUUCCUCCCAGCCUGGAGGGCUGCUUCGGUGUGGGAGGACUCUGAGGAGUAUGAGGAGGAAGAGGAGGAAGAAGAGGAUGAUGAGGAAGAUGAGGACGAGGAGGAAGAGGGGGAGGGGGAAGAUCUGUCUCUGUGUGCGGGCGCUGUCUCGCAUCUGCCGCUACCACACGGCGGAGUAGCACCUGCUGCAUGCGCCACUCACCCACACCAGCUGCAAGCAGCCUUGUGCAUGACUGGGUGCCAAUCCAAGCAGCUUCUUUGGAACCUGCGGAGGCCGCCCCACCCCGUGGUGCUGCAGUGGAUCGCGGAGGCUUGGGAUCAAGUCCCCAAGCAGAUCAUCAUCGACGCGUUCCGCCACUGUGGGAUCUCAAGCAAGCUGGACGGAACGGAGAACCACCUGGUGAUGUCUCACCUGCGCGCCAGGAGCACCACUGAUGUCUCCGCGGACAUGUCCCUCGGGGGGACCACAUGCGACAACACGCGCCUGCUCGGUCGGGCUCCAGAGGAGGAGGAGGAGGAGGAGGCGAUGCAGGCGGAGGGCGUGCGGGAGGUGGCAGUGGCAACCGGCCUGGAGGUGCUGUACCAGGAGACCCCCAACUACUGCGGGGCGGCGGCCGAGGCUGACCGCAUGAUCGAGCCUAGGGAGACGGCUAGGCAUGCCUGGCGAGUGCCAGACCUGGGUCUCGCCACCAUCGCGGGACACAGCUGCACCAGCAGCGUAGCUGGCCUUGCCCUGCUCAUCCUGCCCGCGUGUGUGGCCCACGUCACUGCACCAACGGAAAUGAACCUCCUCGAAGGUGGCAUCUCCUCUGUCUUCCAACCACCUUCAGCAGCCAUGGCCGCGGUCGCAGUCACCCUUCCCACGGUCGCGUCCUUCGCUACAGCUUCCGCUGGGAAGAAGGCGGUCCCUUGCAAGGCCGCUCAUGUGGCCGCUCUGCCCGUCUUCCGCUCUACAAGGAGCACUGCACAAAGGCGUGGCGCCGCUCUUAGAGUGACGUGCAGCAGCACCAAGCCGGAGGCGGAGGUGGCUGAGAGGGUGGAGAAUGCGGGCGAGCAGGAGGCGUUCCUGGCGUCAGGCUUCUUGGAAAAGGCGACGCUCAUGUCGGCUGCUGCCAUGACGCCGCUCCUGCUCAACGUGCAGGACGCGAUGGCCGCCGGCGGCGAGUUCGGCCUGCUGGAGGGCCGGACGGCGGCGCUGGUGCACCCGUUCGUGAUGGGCGGGCUGUUCUUCACGACGCUGUACGCCUUCUACCUGGGCCGCCAGUGGAAGCAGGUCCGCGUCGUCGGCGAGAAGAUCCAGGACCUCAAGAAGCAGCUCCCCGCUGGCGAGGACGCUGCAGCGGCGUCGCCGGUGUCCGGCGAGAUCGCCACGCUCACCGCGCAACGCGCGGAGCUGGUGAAGGGCAACUACCGCGAGAAGCACUUCAACGUGGGGUCGUUGCUGCUGGGCUUCGGCGUGCUCAUCGCCGUGGAGGGCUGCGUCAACACCUGGUUCCGCACCGGCAAGCUCUUCCCCGGCCCCCACCUCUGGGCCGGCGCCACCAUCACGGUGCUGUGGGCACUGGCUGCGUCGCUGGUGCCGGCGAUGCAGAAGGGCAACCCAGUGGCGCGCAAGGCGCACGUGGCGCUCAACAUGCUCAACCUCGCGCUCUUCGUGUGGCAGAUCCCCACUGGCCUUGAGAUUGUCGGCAAGGUCUUCGAGUUCACCUCGUGGCCUUGA